CACACGUUCUAGAACAAUAUAGUUGAACAACACUCGAGGAGACUUGUUUAACAAUCAUUGAUUGCUUGUGGUGGUUGUGCGCAUUGUCAAUUAGAUUAAAGUGUCGUCUGAUAACACUCCGAAACUAUUUUGGAGAAUAUCUAAUACAUUACUGUACAAUAAUAACAUCAUCAUGUCUUUAGGCUCCUUGGAAGUAAUUCAACAAGAAGAAACAACAACACUGACAUCUCACCUUUUAGGAGAGAAUGCUCACUUGUUGAUCGAUUAUUCUUGUCCUCAUCAGGAUUACUCUUCUGUACAAACGUCAUACUUUGAAAAUCUUUCGGAUUUGCCACACGAAGUCUUGGCACUUAUAUGUAAAUACCUUGUGGAGGAUAAAUUUAGUAGCUCGAUGGCUUCUGUUAUUAUUCCUCUGCUUCAUGUAAAUAAGACACUCAGAGAAAAGAUUUACUUCAAUUGGUUUAUUUGGUAUGAUAAAAUUGCUGAUCUUCAUCAUUUUGUCAAGUCAUUCAUGCCAGAUAAUUAUAGUACUACUUGCUUUGCAGUGUUGUGUGAUGAAAAGUUUAGAAAUAUAGAUUUAGUGGUGAAAAGAUAUGAUGGAAAUUCAUCUUUUUACUUCUCGAGUGAAUCAGAGUUGACUAAUCAAUUCGUUUCAUUUAUUGAAACUCUUUGUGAUGUCAGCAUGAUUCAAAACCUAGUAAUUCCAAUUCCUCUUCUUUCCAACAAUACAAAUCUUCAAGGUAGAAUGUUAACAUGGGCUAAUCAUUUCCCAAAAGUUAAUAAUGUUACUUUUCUGACAGCUAGAGAAAGUGUUGAGAAUGCUUCACCAAAAGACUUGACCAACUAUAUAGAAGAUAUGAAUUACUAUGGAAAACCAACUACAGACCAAAUAUUUAAUCGUUUCGAAACGUUACGAGAUUUGAAAAUUAGCAGUACUGUCUUUGCAUUUGAGAAUUUCAUUCAAACUCACUCUUCAGAGAUUGAACACUUGUCAGCACUCUCCUCACUCGUUCAAUCAAAGAAGGAGGAUCUAGGUAAAAUAUCUCAGAUACUUUCUACGAGCCAACAACUGAGAGGAAUUGAACUGGAAGGAGGUUUAGAUAUUUCUUCACCAAUCAUUUACAACAAUAUUCAAACCCUUUCCAAUAGAUUGACUAGACUAAAUCUAGAAAUCAGUAUUCAAACUUUAAUGAGUGAUACAUGGAAAACUCUUUGUUCCUCACUAACUUGCCUGAAAAAACUAACAUUGUACAUUUACUCUGGUGAGGAAGAUAAUGAAGCCAAUACACUUACCUUUUCUCCAUCUCAAGUUCCUCUCCCAAGAAGUCUCAGACAUUUGGGUUUGAAUAACUUUGUUGAUGUGCCAGUUCAUGCCAUUCUUGAUGGUUCCUUCCUACCGUUCCUUACUUAUUUCCAUGUUUACAAGUUGCAACUCUCCAUUACUUCUAACCAAAAGCCAUUUCCAAUUCUCGAAACAUUUGAAUACUUCCCAGAGAAGAGAGAUAAUAAUGAGAGCGAUCUAAUUGAUUUCUGGAUGGAAAAGCAUUCGAGUCUGUUAAACUUUUCCUACUCAUAUGAUUGGGAUGAUAAUGAAAAAUCUUCAAGCAAGCUUAUCAUCAAGAAUCAUCCAUCAAUGAAGAAGCUGAAAAUUGCAUGCAGUAAGACUGAUAUUCAAAUUGAUAGAGCUCCACAACAUACAACCAUUAUUGGAAUUCCAAACUCUCUAGUCUUGAAGGGAAAUUAUGUAAAGAAACUAACAUUUAGCUAUCCUAAUGAAGGUAAAAUACCCCACGAGUUGAGAACCUACCACAUUGACUUGGAAAAGGUUGACCUUCUUGUUGUCAAGAUGGAAUCCAAAGUUGCCGUCUCUACCGUUAGUUUCAAUGCAACAAUUGGUAAAUUAGACCAAAUGCAUGUUUACUUUAAUUUGAACUUGGCCCAUGUUCCAGAGCACGAUAUUUCUCCAUACAUACCAAGAAAUGCCUCAGAACUUUCACUCCAACAAAUCAAGCUAUUCUUCCAAGAUCAGAUUCCACCAAGUGUUGUCGAUGGUUUAUCAGAGAGCAUUCAUCGAUUCCAUAGAGUGGAUGCCCUCUCUGUUAACUUUGAAUGGUUGAAAACUGGACUCAAAGGGUACACAACCAAUGUUGAGGACUUGAGUGUCUUCAACUUUUUCAAUGUUAAAACCUAUGUUGCUCGAGAUAUAAACAAUAACAGAAGUAUCUCAAAUCAGUAUCUCAGGGAAAUGAGGGUAGAAACAGAUGAAUUGGGAGGUCUGACUGCUAUCAAUAAUUGCACUUCCCUAAAACAAGUGCAUUGCACCAGUGCAAACAAGUAUACACCACAGCCAUCCACUGAAAAGAGGAUAAUACUGGAUAGCAAGACAAGUCGCUCCAUAGAGGACAUUAAAAUGUCUUUUGCCAUUCCAGCAUUGCAUGAUGGUUUCAAUUUACAAAACUUGAAAAAUCUGCAACUUACUGAUUCAAUUUUCACUAAUUUAGCCUUGAAUUUGCAUUCUUUGCCAUCACUUAAAAAACUAGAACUCUCCAAGAUAAGAGACACUUUGAGAUUGGAAUUAGGAGAUGAAACACAUCAUGCCAUUCAACAUAUUUAUAUUGAUUCAGUUCAUACAGUUGCAGUGGAUUUCAAUAUUGUAGCCCCUAACUUACGAAGCUUGACAUUUACUAGAAUUAAUAACUGCACCGAAUCAUCACGUUUGAGCAUCAAACAUGCUCCUAAAUUGAUCAGAAAGAUUAUUCAUCUACCAAACUUGGUAGAAUAAACUGUGGGUUAAUUUCAUUCUAAACAUUAUUUACAGAACUCAACAUAAGUUCCAAGACUUGACCUUUCAGUUUUCAAUGGAUACAACCAACUUUCCAGUACGGGUAGAAGAAGUGAAAAGCAGACACCUCGUAAGGAGUUCAAGGUGGUGUUUUGAUAUUAGAACAUUCGAAAUAAAAACAAACUUCGAC